UUUUAAAAAAAAAUGGCUCAUUAACCAACACUUUGAGAUAAGAUCAAAAACUAUUAUUGUUGCGGGACAAUAGCAGGAAAUAUUAAAAUACGAGCAUUAUAAUAAAAUAAGAUUUUUCCAUAUCGGAUUUUUUAGAUAAAAAUGUGUUUUUGCAAAUGGCUUCCAUUACCAAUGCCCGGCGAAGAAACCAUGUUGAUUUACAUUAUAAUCUCCAUAUUGUUUGGAAUUUAUCUCAGAUAUACCGAAGCGUUAAUUCCAACAACAGAAAUCACCAUUAAUUCCCUGGACCAAUGCAACCGUAAAAACAACACAAAUCUGGACGUCUCGAUUGGAGUAAAAUGGCUGGAAAAUCACACUUUCCAGAUUAAUGGACACCUUCAUUUGAAUUUCGAUAUCGACGAUAGUAUCGAUUUGAAUGUUGUAAAACUGGAUAGAGAGGGUGGAGUGAAAAGGCGCUAUUUGAAAGAGGUCAAAUUGUGUAAAUUGCUGGACAGGGCAGUUCGGAACAGGUUAGACAAGUCCGGACGGGUGUUUGUUAAACCGAUGUGUCCUAUAAAAGCACAGAAAUUCGAGGUCGAUCAAGUUGCAAUGGGUGACAGUUCCAGCAUCUUAGGAGUUCCGUACCGGUUCUUGAAUCAUCCCAUGCAAAUUGAAUUGUCGCGAAAUGGCGACACUUUGGCUUGUCUGGAAUUCGAUUUGAAAAGCAAAUUAAAAAUACUCCAGACAGUAAACUAGAGGUUGUUCCUCAACUAUUAAAUGUUUUUAAUUUUUGUCAAUUUUCCAAGUGAUAAUUUUUAUGAAAUAACUAUAAAUCCUGACUU